CGACCUGUUCAAGGAGAUUUUUUUCUUUACUGCCUCGUAUGCGAACCGAUUAUCCUGAAUUAUUUUUUAAUUACUUCAGGAUGAGUAUCGACCAGUUUGAUAGACUUGCAGCUUUAGUAAGCCCCUUGCUUAUUAAAAAUCAGACAAAUAUGAGAGCUCCACUGAGUCCAGAAGAAAGGCUGAGCAUUUGUUUGAGGCACCUUGCAACUGGAAACAGCUACAGUUCUUUGGCAUAUAGUUUUCGUGUUGGGAAAUCUACUGUAGGAGUUGUGGUGCCUGAGACAUGCAAUGCUAUAUGGACAGCUCUUCAGCCGGUAUAUCUAAAAGAGCCAGAGAAAAGAAAAGUGAUUAUGAGAGAAUAG